GCUGGUCUUGAACUCCGGGCCGGCCUAGUAUCGUGUAUUUACGAUAAAAUAUUAACCUCACCCAACCAGAGUCCUUCCUCGGCGUCGAUAGUCAACCUAGUCGAAGUUGAUGUUGUGCGAAUCCAAGAUUUCGCAACCUUUGCGCAUGCCAUAUGGUCGGCGCCGUUGCAGUUAAUCCUGGCCAUGGUCAGCCUCGGACUGAUUCUCGGGUGGCAGAGCACGCUCGCCUCCGCCUUAUCAGUGGUGGCUGUAACGCCGCUCUACUACUGUUGUAAACACUUCAUCGAAGGGUACCAGAUCGCAGCCAUGGGCCGCCGAGACGCCCGCAUGUCAUUGACCUCGGAGGCCCUCUCCAACGCCAACCUGAUCAAGCUGUGGGCGCAAGAAUCACUCAUGGAGAAGCGGUUGGAUGCUGCCCGCCGCGCCGAGCUCGCUGUCUCCGAAUCUAUUGUCUGGGUCUCUACGCUGCUCAACAUGCUCAUGCGGGGGGCACCCACCUUGAUCUCCGUCGUGGCCUUCAUGGCGGCAGUCGUGGCUGGGAACCCCCUCCGUAGCGAGCACAUCUUCCCUUCACUGGUGUUUUGCUCCCUUCUCGUCUACCCCUUGGCUCUUCUGCCUAUUGCUGUGUCGUCUUGGGCCGCCUGUGCUGCAUCGUACGCCCGCGUGAGGGCCUUUUGUGCAGAGCUGGGAGCAGAGGAGGUGCCCAGCCCUAGGGGAGACUCGGCGCUCCCAGACGGCGUGUCUAUUUACUUUAACAAGGUCAGCUUCCGUUGGAGAGAGACCACAGAUGCACCAACCCUCCUCAAGAUCAGCUUCCUUGUCGGUGAGAAGCAGCUGGUAGCUUUGGUUGGCCCCAUGGCUGGGGGCAAAUCUACCAUAGCCAAACUCGCGUUGGGCUCCCUGAAACCCCUUGGUGGUCUUGUGGCUACAAGAGGCACCAUUGCCUACACACCGCAGGACCCCUGGCCCACCACGGGCAGCAUUCGGGAAAAUAUCUUGUUCGGGCGUGACUUGGAGCCAGCUUUCUACAACGCCGUGGUCAAAGCCUGUGCGCUGGACCGCGAUCUUGAGCAGAUGCCCAAUGGAGACGACACGCAGAUCAGGAGUCACGGCAGCGGGUUGUCGGGUGGCCAGAAGAGCCGCAUCGCCUUGGCACGAGCUGUAUACGCGAGGGCAGAUGUCUAUGUGCUCGAUGACCCCCUGGCCGCCGUUGACAGCCAGGUGCACCGCCAUUUGGUCGACAAUGUUAUUGGCCCCCGCGGAAUUCUCAAGGACAAGACCAGGUUGGUCAUCACAAACUCUGCUGCAGUUUGUUCGUAUGCCGACCAAGUGCUACAGAUUACAGACGGUCGGCUGAGGGAUAUCAAGACCAGUAGCCCACAGCUGUUGGGGGUACCAGAUCAGGUACAUAUCAUCGACAAUCCGGAUCUCUCUAUCACGGUGGCCAAUCCUGACGAGGAAGCGAAUGAUCAGAGUGACUCAGGUGAAGAAAACCAAAACCUGGAGAAUUUGGCUGCAGACAACAACGACGAGUCUUCCUUAAGUUUGUCUUCAGGCCGGAUAUCCUUUUCAGAGUACCGAAGAUGGCUGGGAAUUGCCCAUGUCUGGCGCUGGAGUCUGAUGGCAUUCUUCACCGGCCUCGCCUUUGCCUCCAACAUCAUGUCGACUUACAUGCUAAAGAUAUUUGCCGAUAGGCUCGGCAACGGCCUAGUCAUGCGGGCCUUGGAGGUUUACGCCGCCGCGGGCGUUGUGCAGACGCUCAUGUGUUGUAUCUCCCUGCUCCUGGGUUGGUACCUCUGCCUAAAGCCAACAUCGAACAGGAUCCAUGGCAUGCUGGUCGCAGGCGUUCUGCAAGCUCCAUUAUCCUUCCUCCAGCGUACACCGACGGGCGAGAUCAUGAACCGCUUCGCCAAUGAUCUCGCGCGACACGAUGGCCCGCUUUUCGCUUCCAUAUUUGGCUUCUUGAACUCGUUACUACGUGCCAUUGCCUCCCUCGGCACUCUCCUAGCCUUUGUUCCGUCAUCAGCCGUGGCGAUCGUGGCACUUGGGGGCUUGGGAUGGUGGUUACAGUGCCGUUGUCUCGGCGUCUUGGUCCAGACAAGGAGGCUCGAAACCAGCUCACGGAGCCCCCUGAUCACCAACCUGCAAGAAACGUUGGCAGGAUCCGACAUCAUUCGCAUUUUUGGUCGCCAGCCCUACUUCCAGACUAGAAAUUUUACAAAUCUUCGGCGCAACUUGACUGCGCACAUGGCGUUCGUCUCCGUUGAACUGUGGCUGAUCUUUCGGCUGUCUCUUAUUUGCUCGUUAUUACAAGGUCUCGCCGCGGCAUUUCUGCUUGCAGGCCGCGUGGACACAAGCGCCGCUGGUUUCGUCAUGUCUUACAUGCUUCAGCUAGCCACUUCCUUCACUCAGACAGUUCUUCUCCGCACCCAAGUGGAAUGUGACAUGGUUUCUGCACAGCGUAUCUUUUCUUUGGUAGACACAGAGACAGAGAAACCCCCCCAAAGCGAUGGAGAAGCUCUGGCCCGAAGUCAAAUCGUGGCUGCUUCCUGGCCUUCGCGUGGCACUGUGGCUUUUCGCAACUUCAGCGCCGGCUACAGCUACAACUAUCGUGAUAACAACAAUGAUAAUAACCCUGUACUUCGCGACAUCAACCUCGAAUUCGCUCCAGGCCAGUCGACCGCCAUCGUGGGCCGUACUGGCGCCGGAAAGUCGUCGUUGGCGCUGGCGAUGCUGCGCGUGCUCCAGCCUAUCCGUGGCCGCAUCGAGAUCGACGGCACCGAUAUCACGCAGGUUGACCUUGAUGUGCUACGAUCACGCGUGUCCAUUAUUCCUCAAAACUGCGGCGCAUUUGCCGGCACGGUACGCACCAACCUCGACCCCAAUGGCGUGCAUGACGAGUCAGAUCUACUGCGUGUCCUUGGUGAUAGUCUCUUUGCAAGGGGUUUCAAAACGCCACAAGCCGCACUCGAUUAUCCGGUGCUGCAAGGAGGGUCUAAUCUUUCGGCCGGUCAGCUGCAGCUUCUGGCGGUCGCCAGGUGUCUCCUUAUAGGGUCCAACAUUGUGAUAUUAGAUGAGGUUACCUCGGCCAUGGACGAAGCCAACCAACAACUCCUCCAUGAAGCCUUGCAAACACAGCUCCGGGACAAGACCGUCAUCGUCAUCUCUCAUCAUCUCCGAAGUGCAAUCGACAACGGCCGCAUCAUUGUCAUGGACGGCGGUGCGGUCGCAGAGAUUGGUUCUCCCAAGCAACUCUUUCAAAAGGGUGGUAUCUUUCGAAGCAUGGCCGUUGCUGCUGGGCUA